CUGUUUUUGCUGAGUAAUGAGGGAUGGUGUUAGUCAGGCAUCUGGAAACAGAAAGAGCGAAGAAAAAGAGGGCAGGAGCAGGAGAAGAACAAAACAAGAGACGCAGAGAAAGGGGGAUGAUCGUAUCCAUAUGGUGGAGCUUGUGUUCUUCACUUCCUGGACAGAGAGAGGGAGACGAAGAGAGAGGCUCGAGGAAGAGAGAGAGCUGGGAAGCCAACCAGGAGUGAGAGAAAAACAACUGUAAGAGUAGCACAGUAACCUAGAUGAUCUGAAGCUGUGAGCAUAUGACCGGGAGAGAACUGUAGAGACCGAUUCAAAGCAUGUGACCAUGAUUUAGUUACAAUGUUUUUGUGAAUGGGAAGGGAUGGCUUAUUCUGAAGUUCACCGGGAAGGAUAGAAAGACAGAACGAGAGAGACUGAAAGUUCCUAAAGUGCUGUGCUCAGGUUCAUGCACCACCAAUGAUGUGUGGUCACUUAGAGGAAUUCAGGACACUCUGCUAGAACACUCUUUUGAAAGCACCAUGACAGCAGCGACUUGGUACCAUCGGGACAUCAGCCGUGUGCAAGCCGAAGAGCUGCUGGCCCGUGCUGGGAGAGAUGGCAGCUUCUUGGUGAGGGACAGCGAAUCUGUGCCUGGAGCCUAUGCCUUGUGUCUGCUAUUCCAGCGACAUGUUCAUACAUACCGGAUCCUCCCCGAUGCAGAUGGAUUAUUGGCUGUGCAGGCCACGCAGGGAGUGCAGGUGAAUUGUUUCCGUACUCUUGGUGAUUUAGUUGUGGGGUAUCAACACCCUCACAAAGGUCUGGUGGCCCCUUUGCUGUACCCUGUUUUGCGUGAAUCAGAGCCCAACGAUGAGAGCUCAGAUGGUGACGAUGAGAAGCCAGGUUCAACAUUUGCCACCCCUCCACCACGAGCAAUGUCCCCUGCAGGCCACCCUCCACCUUCCAGUUCAGCAGCCCCUCAUUUACUUCUGCAGAGGCUUCAGGAGCUCCGCCCAAAUAGUUUAGGCUGCGAGAUCAUCCCAUUACUAGAUGAGUAUCUGCAUGGCAAUGUGUGUAAGGACCUGGAGAAUGUGAAAGGGGGCGCGUUAGGACUGCAACACUUUCAGUGUAUCCUCAGCCGUGCAUGUGACAGUCUGCACAGUGAGAUUGACCAGACACUGUCUAGUUUGGAGACUUUGGCGAAAGUGUUUGAUCAUCCUAGCGGCCAUCUUACUUUUCCCACAAUGCAGAAUACAGGAACGAGUCCUGAAGAAAACAUGGAUAAUCUACUUCACAAGCUCACUACCCUCUGUAAUCUGUUGUCUUCUCUGGAGAAGAGGGUUCUCAAAGCUUUGCAAGAAGCUGUAGCCAAUCACAACUUAUCUUUGCAACCAGCCACUCCUCCUGAGGCAGUAACAGCUAACAAAAAGCAUGCCCGACCCAGUCCCGUCCACAGCUUUCAGGUCAAGGUGGUCAGGUAUGGCAGGCAAACAGUGUCGGUAGAUAUAGAUGCAGGAGUGCUGGUAUUUGACAAGAAGUCUGUCUCAUUUGGUGUGGAGACUGUCACACACAACAGGAUCGUGCAGUUGGUAAAGUUUCAGAAAGGCCCUGCCAAACUGAAGAUGGUCGUUGACAGUCUUCACAACCCACCGAGAGAACUGGUGUUUGAGAGCAUAAAGAAGCGUGAAGCCUUCUGUCGCCUGCUGCAGCUUAUGAAGGCUGCUCACUCUCAGCAGUCUGAGCUUGAUGUCAUCUCUGUGUUUGUGGGCACCUGGAAUAUGGGGGACACUCCACCACCUGCUUCACUGCAGACUUGGGUGACUUGCUGUGGUCUGGGUCUCACCCCAGAUGAGUCCAUUGCCUCUCUGCCUCAUGAUAUAUAUGCGGUGGGCACUCAGGACAACCCGCAGGGCGAGAGAGAGUGGGUUGAACACGUCAGAGCCACGCUUCGGAGUGCAACCAACAUCGACUUUAAACAGGUGGCAGUACAGUCCCUUUGGAAUAUCAGACUGGCUGUGUUUGUAAAACCAGAGCAUGAAGGAUGCAUCAGUCAAGUAAACACGGCUAGUGUAAAAACUGGCCUGGGGAACACGCUUGGAAAUAAGGGAGCAGUAGGAGUUUCUCUUCUCUUUAACGGCACCUCAAUGGGCUUUGUGAACUGCCAUCUGACUUCUGGUAGUGAUAAAGCACUCAGGAGGAACCACAACUUCCAAGACAUCCUCAGACUUUUGUCUCUUGGAGAAAAGCAGCUCAGCACUUUUGACAUUAGCCUUCGUUUCAAUCAUCUCUUUUGGUGUGGAGACCUCAACUACCGCCUGGACCUGGAUGCACUGGACAUAUUGAAGCAUGUUUCAAAGCGAGAAUUUGAGGAGCUGAUGUGUGCAGACCAAUUGACUAGAGAGCGGCACAGAAGAAAGGCCUUUUUUAACUUUAAGGAGGAGAAGAUUUUGUUCCCCCCCACCUAUCGGUAUGAACGUGGUUCUAGAGACUGUUAUCUGUGGCAGAAAUACAAGUCCAGUGGGGUGCAAGUCAACGGGCCCUCAUGGUGUGACAGAGUUCUGUGGAAGUCCUACCCAGAGUCUCACAUAACCUGUACCUCAUAUGGAUGCACAGACGACAUCUUCACUAGUGAUCACUCUCCUGUUUUUGCAACUUUUGAAGUCGGUGUAAUAUCACAGUUUCCCAGAACAGACUCAGGUUCAGAGAAAGCCAUCAUUGAGCUGGAGGUGAUUGAGGCCAUAGUGAAAACAGCUAGCAAGGCCAAGUUUUUCAUCGAGUUCCACUCCCGCUGUCUAGAAGAGCCUCGCCGUUCUGCCGAGAAUGACUCACAGUGCUGUGAGGUGCCAGGAUUUCUCAAACUUGGCUGGUCUUCCAAACAGUUUCCCAAGUUCCACCCAGUUCUCUCAGAUUUAGAGCAUCUCCGGGAUAAGCACUUGCUGUUGUCUGUGAAGUCAUGUGACGGCUUUGAGUCAUAUGGCGAGUGCUGUGUGCCUCUUCGCUCGGUAACAGGGAAAUCAUCGGAUCCAUUUGAGACAUGCUUGACUCACAGAGGAGAGGAGAUGGGCUCUAUUCGAGGACGAAUCAGGGUCUAUGUACCACCAGACCGCCGAAAGAUCCGGGAAAGGGUCUAUGAGUGGCUCUGUAUUGAGAAGGAUGAGAAGGAAAUGAUGAAGGACCAGUUGUCUCGCCCUUCGUCCAGUGCAUUCCCCACCCAAGCACCAUCAGCCCCGUAUAUGUCAGCUCCAAACAGCUACACCAAUCCUGCAUACUUCAUCUUUGAGGGGUUGCCUGUGUUGCAGAGAGUCGAAGAAAUUCCCUCAUCCAGCAAAGAAUCACAAUUAGUACGGGCCAAAGACAGCGUGAUACAGCUCCCUAGAGUGACUGGAGGUCACAGCCAUGGCAAAAGGUCUGCUCGGAGAUCCGACUUCACAGAGAUUGAUAUUCCUGGCUCCUUAGCACCCUAUAAACCAUCUUGUGAGACUCAAAAUGAACUGUCAUUGACUGCGUCCUCUUAUCAGCUUUUCCCAGGUCCAGAUGUUCCUAAUACAUCCCCAAAUAAAAGACACACCACUUCCUUAAAUCCAUCUUUACAAUUAGAGUCCCAUAAGAUCAAUAUGAGACAGGGUCCAGUAUUGACAGUGAAAAAACUUACAAACUCCUACAUGAACCAUUCAGUUUUUUCCUGGGACAUACAGACACCACUCAAAGAAAAAGUCAGAAAGGACUAUCACAGGCUGCAUCAAGGCAGGCCCAUGCCAAUGCAAAAUGGACCAAACCUAAACCCCUAUGUGUCUACAAGGGUUCCCGUCCAUGAAUCCUCUGUACCCUGGAUUGUAGAGCAGCCAACUACAGCUUCAGGAGACAACUCACUAACAGCUCUCCAAAUUGCUAAAUCACUAAGUGAGGUGGAUUUUCAGCCAGUAGACAGAAAGUACCAAUUUCAUGAAAUGUCGUCUCAGCAAAGGCAUCAUGGGUAUGAUUAUGGUUUAGCUAAUGAAAGAAACUACAGCUGGGAGAAAGAGGUGUCAGUCUUACAUGGAGCCCCAGAAACAGUGCGGGAGCUGCUCAGUACUCUGGGUUUGCAGCGUUACACCCUGGACCUCAGCCGCAAUGGUUGGGAUGAUCUUGAUUACUUCAGUGGUAUUACAGAGGAGGAGCUGUGUACAGCGGGUGUGUCUAACCCAUCUCAUCGACGAAGAAUCUUGGAGAACCUUCCCAAGAUCUGGGACUGAACACAGAUCCUGAGAGACUAUCAGGUGUCAUAUCAGGAGACUAUCAAUGACAAGUUCAAUAUUUGCAUUCCUAAUACAUUUAUUUUUUUACUCUCCUUUGUAAUUUAAAAAAUGUAAUUCCUUUCAUAAAAAAGCUGAUCACACCAAGUGUUCAUUCUGUCCCUGUGGUCCUAAACAUACAGUGUGGAAUAAACUACAGUCCAAUACAUGCUUCUAACAAUCCAAACAAAUCAUAUAUAUUAUUAAAACACAGACUCUUUAAUUGUUUAUUCUAUGUUGAGCGUCUUGAUACUUAUACGUAGAUACUGUGUAUAUAAUAGCAAAGUCCUAUCCUUGUCUUAUCUAAGCAUUCAUUGUUAAAUGUUACUUUGAGGUUCAGUACCUUGUCUGGUGACUGUAACACAGCUUGCCUAUAUCCCUGUUUUAAGCCUAGUUCCUGUAUUUAUUGAUAAGAGACCCCAAGCUAUAUACUACCUUCUAAAAGUGCAUAAACAAA